AUGGACCAUAAGCCGGGGGCAAUCCGAGCCUCUGAGCGGGCCCGAGAACUGAAAAAGGAGUAUCAGUCGCUCGGGAAGGCUAAUAAGGAGGAUGCUCUGGACAUUGUCGUGUAUGCUCUCCCUGCACUGACUAUCGACAUUCACGACUUUUUGAUUUCUUGCCCCUACUUCCAACCUCACUUUUCCGAGCAGCUUUGUGUUCGCCUCGAGACAAACUUGCUUAUUGGCGAGGACUCCUCAACCACCGAUCCAGAGUUGGCGAUAACUCGGGAACUCUUGGAGGCAUUCGAUCCAACGUCUCACCUAAAUAUCCAGAAGGUAUGCAUGCAGGUUCCAGAGAUUGUUGAACUUCAGCAGCGAUUGGAUCAAGAGUUACCGGUUUUGAAUAGAGCCUUAAUGCGAAUCAUGAGAUGGCUGAACACCCUUGUCCUGAAGAAUCGUCUUGCAGAAGACCACGACCUAAAGGAGGCACUUGAUGAGCUUAUCGAAACGAUCGACGAGCUUAUCGGAGAUGUGAAGAACGCUACCUCUGAGGUACUCACAUAUCACACGGCGCGAGGGGCUCUUAUCAAGCACCUUCGCAAGACCCCCGUCUUGGACACCUACUUUGCAAUGAUUUACAUGGACUGCACACGGAUAAAUGACAUAUAUGACAGCUACUUGAACAUUACAGAAGGGUUCUUGAUAUUGAACGAUCAGCUUAGCAGACGGCUAUCAGUGCUACAAAAAGUGCUUACGAAAAAGUCCUCAACGAAAGGCAUAUACUAUUAG